AUGUCUAUAUCACGUUCAGUUAGUAUAAAUUCUUCAACAUCAACAGCAACAAUGACGACCAUAUCACCAACUGACCUUGUUGCUAAUUCAUCGAAUGGUCUUUAUGAAAAUCGUGAACAUUUUCAAGCAAUUUUUACAAAUGAUUCUCGAUUUUUUGAUACAAGUCUUCAUUUAUUUAAAUCUUAUUAUUCUCUGGGUUAUAUACCAUCCGAUGAUGAAAAACACAAAAAACUUCAUGUUCCGAUUAUAACAACAACAGCAAGUAGACAAAAACAUCGUUGGAAACCACGUUUGUUAGGUUUACAUCAUAAUAAUAAUAAUAGUAAUCACGAAGGAACAUUAAAAGCUUUUUUAACACCUAUAUUAUUAAGAAAAAAUGAUCAAAUAAAUCGAGCAAGAUCUGAAUCAGGUAAUUCAACUCAUGAAUUAAAUAAUCGUCAGGAAAAAUCUUCUAUGAUUGUUCAUUAUCAACAAGCCUUAGUACCAAAUAUCAAUAUUUCGGAUGAUAUGAGAUCCGAUGAAUCUGAAGUAACAAUAACGAGAUUAUGA